AUGUUAACAAGGGGGAGGAAGAAGGCGCAGUUGAUGGCUAACAAGACCACUGAAUUACCAGAUGAAAUAGUAUGUUACAUACUCUCUUUACUUCCAACCAAACUCGCAUUCGCCACCGCCAUUCUUUCCAAACGCUUGACCUCACUUUGCCACUCAUACACAUCCUCUCUCCGGUUUUACCAUGAUGAAGGCGAUGAAUACGCCUUCCGCCGCUCCCUCCAAUUCGUUAACUCAGUUUUGCUCUUCCCGCGCGAGCAGCAUUAUCAUCCCUCGAUCAAAGAUCUAGUAAUCUUUCUUAAACCUACCCGCCGUGGUGGACCUUACCCCGCCAAUGAAUGGCUUGAAGUUGCCAAUCGGCACCCUAUUGAGAGUAUGGAUUUAGACUUGCCUUAUAUGCCCAACUACAUCUUGUCGACUAAGAUGUUCUCCUGUCGAACCCUUGUGGUUUUGAAACUGAGCAACGCACGUAAUAACACACGUGAGAUCGGUAAUUUUUCCACAGUUGAUCUUCCCUCCCUCAAAACCCUUCACUUGUCAUGGGUUAAUUUCGGAUCCUGUGACCGUUUCCAGAACCUUCUCUUUGGUGCUCCCAUUCUUGAGGAUUUAUAUGUUUCAUGUAUCGAUGGGAAAAUUCCCUUCCAUAGAAAGGGGGCUAAACUCUUGCCCGAAUUGCUCAAAUUACAUUUCGAUUCUUAUUCAGAUCCUAUCAAAGAAUUACAAAAAGCCAAGGAGGAGUACCCUAGGUUUUUGAAUUAUAUCCCCUCCAUUGUGUUUCCAGACUUAAUCCACAUUGAACUAAAUUUUCUACCCUAUGAGAGCUGGAAUCGCGUACUGCAAGUGCUUGGUUACUGUCCCAAGAUUCAACAUCUAGUCAUAAGAAAGGGUAAUUACAGGGUUUAUCGUUACAAUGAGAAACUAACAUAUUCAGAAGAUGUUCCGGAAUGUGUUUUAUCACACCUCAGAACAUGCUUUAUUGGGACUCUGUCUCAAGAAAACUAUGAAGAUGAUCUUCGUUUUGUUGCAUAUGUGAUGAAGAAUGCCAAGUUCUUACAAGCCUUGACGCUUUGCCCUUGCGCAUUAUUACCAAAUCAAGAAUCCUAUGUUUUGAAGAAAAUAGUAUCACUACCAAGGGUUUCUUCGGCAUGUAAAGUUUCAUUAUCCAAUUGCAAGCUCUCUGGAUGCAAUUGCGGGUUCAAUAGUACUAUUGAAUGUAAGCGCAGACACGAGUCCGUUUGUUGGAGAACCAAGGGGAGUUUUCUUGACCCAAGAAAAUUUUAUGCUCUAAAUGCAAGCUGA